CCAUGUAAACUGCACUUUGAUGAUCUACAUUACCUUCUUCGACUCAUUCAACACUGCCUGUGUUGGUUUCUCGAUGAACAGCUGCACCUCCUUGAGCAUAAUCGCUUUCUCUCUGUGCACUUCACCACUAUCCAUCAUGCACUAAAACAUGCUGAAACAUUUUUGAAGAAGCUGAGAUGCCUUGCAUCAGAGAGAAAUGAGGAUCUACAUGCAGACUUUGUUCAUCAGAUGACUCAGUAUACUUCAGAGCAGCUGGGGUUUAUAGAUGAGGUAUCGAAGAAUGAGAGGUCCUUCCAUCAAUGGAUGUGUGAACAGUGA